UCUCGUCUUCGAUUUCACCGAGUCGCCGCACGAUGCCACACACCGCACGAGAACCCUUGGAUCACAAAUGGCGAAUGAUGCCCAUAUAUUGGAUUCGGCCGUAAUUAGGAGUAAACAUCGACUUCCCGAUCUUCGAUUUUUCCAAUUUGAUUCCGCAAUCGCGUGACGAGAUCGGAACCUUCCUGUUCACGGCGUCUCCGGGAAGCACCGCCAUCGUCUUCCGUUGCUCCGAAGGCCCGUCGUCCGAUCGCCGCCGCCCUAGGGUUUGUCAUGUACUUGUUUGAACGCCGACCUCAUCUAGUGAGAUAAGGUUUGGUUGUUGUUGUUGUAUAGGUAUUUGUUUGAACAAUAUGAGGUGACAUAAGGAGUUGUUUCAGAUGGAGUAGGUGCCGAGUGUUACACAAAACCACUUGGUAUCACUUGACAUGUUCUUUGAAAGCGUAUAAACUUGUUUGAGCAUUAUUUUGAGUCACAAUGUCGAAGGGUCAAUACCAAACAAGAAUUCAAUCAGGGAGGAGAGCACUUGAAAAAUGCAAAAGCAAGACAAUUGAGAUCAUUGAUGUUGAAAAAGGGAAAAAUGUUAUAAUAGAUGCUCCAGAGUCUUCUCAUCAAGGUUCUGGUUCCCUAAAGGGUAAAAUUAAUGAAAUUCCUUCUGUUGUUAUACACAUUGCUGAUGAAGAGGGAGAAAAUGAUAAGCUUCAUAGUAAUGCAUAUCAGCAUUCCUCAAACAGCAGAGUGUCUCCUCUGUUUGGCAGUCAUUCAGCACUACAAGAAUUAGAUGAUGAAGAAUGUGUAAUGUACUCAAAGGAAGAUCUUUCCUCUUCUUACUCUAGUAGAAAUGGGUUCCCACUGUUUGGUUCAUCUGGAACUCCUCAUGUACUAGAUUCUUCUUGUUCAGAAAUCAGUUCAUCCAGAAAUGAUAGUUCAACAUUUAACACUUCCGGGAGUGAUGACUCUGAUUUUGAAGUUGAAGAUAUUAGUGGACAUAUCCAUGAACAGUGGGAAAGAGCUGCUCUUAGGAGAAAAAAAUCACAAACAGUGAGAAUGAGGUCUGAAGAUCAGUCUAGUGUAUCAGGAUCAAGUUCUGAUCCAGGAUUGUCACCACCGGAACCUACUCAAAAUAUGGUUGAUUUGGAAGACUCUGUAAACAAGAGCUUCUUUGAGCAUUCCAAAGUAUCUCCUUGUAAGAAUGGCAACUUCUUUGAUCAUUUCAAACACUCUCAAAAUGUUGAUAACUUGGAAGACUCUACAAACAAGUUCUCUUCUGAACAUUUUAAAGCAUCACCUUCCAAGUGCGGUUCAAGUCGUUCAGAUUCCAGAAAAAAUAUUUCUAAUAUGACCAAUGGUAAAAUCAGGAAUGAUCCCUUUUUUGGUAAUAGCAGAAAAGAGUCUCCUGUUGGUUCUGAUACAUCUACUAGAAUCAGCUGUGAAGUGCCUAGUUUUCAGAAGAAUAAUUCAUUAUAUGAAAGCAGCUCUUUGAGAUCUCAGACCUUUGAAACUCAUGCUGAUCUUAAUGAAACUAGUACUCCUGAUGUACAAAUGCAAGGGAGCGCUACUGUCAGUGUUGAUGGGUUUAGUUGCAUGGGAAAAGCUGAGAGAAGUCCACCAGGAAAUUCUCCCUCUGCAAGUGCAAUUAGGGAUGAAAUGGACUUCCAGUAUGAAGGACCUAAUCCUAGAAAACCAACCAAAGCUAUGGAUUCAAAGCACCCUAUGGCUGGAUGCUCUUACAAUCAUAGUGAGAAAGAAUAUGGCCAUUCUGCAGAAUCACAACAUGACAACCCAGGUCUCCAGGAAAUUAAUCCAGGGGCAAAGGGGAUGUCCUUUGUGCAACAGAUUCAUUCAUUCAAUGAUCCAAUACAUGAUGAACCAGUAAUCAAACAUAGCGCUGAUUUAUUUGGCUCUGAAACUGAAGCCAUUCAUGGAAAAUCUACUUCCAAAAAUGAUACAGAAAAUGGAGCUUUGUGCCAGAACUUAUCUUUACAUGUAGGCAUGCAAGAUUUAUCUUUGUCCUUGGAUAACCUUACUGGUGACCUUGAAAAGCAUAAUGAAAUUGUGAUGAAGCCAAUUGUACCCAAGGAUCAGAGCGUCUCAAUAAGUGAACGUGAAAAACUUAAGGAAUCAGAUGAAUACAAGCGUGCUGCUGAAGAAGAAUGGGCACAAAGGAAUCGUGAGAUACAGUCUCAGGCAGAAGAAGCACAGAGAUUGCGGAAGAGGAAAAAAGCUGAAAGCCUGCGUUUACUAGACAUGGAGAAAAGGCAAAAGCAACGGGUAGAGGAAAUUAGAGAAUCACAGAAGAAGGAUGAGCAGACGAUACAUCUGAAAGAACUUAUCCGUGCUGAAGUAAGAAAAGAGCUGGAUAAGAUGGAAUGGAGAUACAGGGACAUGGCUUCACUUCUUCGGGGACUAGGCAUCCAUGUUGAAGGCGGUCCAUCUCCCAUGUCACACGAGGUCAAUGCUGCUUAUAAACAAGCGUUACUGAGAUUUCAUCCUGACAGAGCUUCAAGAACUGACAUCCGCAAACAGGUUGAAGCAGAAGAGACGUUUAAAAUGAUUUCACGCUUGAAAGAAAAGCUGCUGCCCGCACUAUAAUUGUCUUGUUUACAUGUGUUGGAGUCAUCUGAUGUAUGGAUUGGGAUUCUUUAGUUGCUCACCCGGGUGUUACUGGUGCCACUCCAGCAAACAUCUCUGCUUACUUAUAUCCGUACGACCAAAAACCAAUAGAAAUAGAAAUAGAAAAUAGGUGUUUAUUCUUUAGGUGUAGAGUGGCUUUCAAGCGUAAAUCAAUGAUAUCCAAGUUUUUUGUUCGGUUCGCAAGUCCAAUUGUUGCAAGGCCGACUUGAUGGCUUUUUGCAGGAUCUUGAAUUAUUACUCGGUUAUGGAAGAACAUCGUAAUGAUAAUCUGUUAUUUGGGUAGCAUUUUUCACUAAUGGGGUUUGUAAUCAAUUUAGAUUGAUGAUUUUGGCAUUAGGUAACCCUUCUGUCGCC